AUACAACGUAUGAACGCAGAGGAUAGACACGCAAAACCUGCGCAGGUGGAAUCAAUCCUCCAAUUUCAUCCCACCCAGGAAGUUAAAAGAUUCGUAUUCCCUGUCAGUUAACCACAACCUCUUCUGCAAUAUUCAAAAGGUCAAUUCGGUUCACUAUAACUGAUAUACCGGAGAAUCUUCCAUUCUUCUUCCACAAUCCUCGUUACUGUUUGCAGCGUAGGAUGAAUGCAAAGAUCAAGUUGAAAUGUUGAAUACUUACAAAUUUAUGGUCUCCCAAUCCAAUCCAAAGACAGGGUCAAAGAUCUCAAGCUGAAGAAUUUGAAGAUCUGAAGGGGAAUCCCACCUUGGGUUUUCCAUAUAUACGUUUGGGAAUCUCAAAGAUUUCACCUUUUUAAUCUGGAAAUGGGGGAUGCUUCACAUAUCAGUGGCAAGCUAGAUGACUCGAGUGUGGUGGAGCUGACAGGGAAGAUCAUGGUGGCGGCCAUCAUUUGCCUCUUCUUAGUGGUGAUAAUUGUGUUCGUCCUCCACCUUUAUGCCAAGUGGUUCUGGUACCGCCGCUCGGAGAGCAAUGGCGGCGCCACCACGAGGAGGCGGCGGUUCGAUUUCGCCGCCGGGUAUCAAGAAGUUACUGCCGCCGCCGCCCUCCGCCGUGGGCUUGACCCCUCGGUGCUGAAAACCAUACCAGUAGUUGAAGUUAGCCCCAAAGAGUUCAAAGAUGGGUUGGAAUGUGCAGUUUGUUUGUGUGAGGUUUCUGAGGGUGAAAAGGCAAGGCUUUUGCCCAAAUGCAACCAUGGUUUUCAUGUGGAGUGCAUUGAUAUGUGGUUUCAAUCCCAUUCCACUUGCCCUCUAUGUCGAAACCCGAUUUCCAAUCCCACAACCCCACCAGAAUCAACACCAGAGGAGGGCUCGUCGGUUUCUGGUGAAACGCCUAAUUUCCCCACGAAUGUGUUGUUCUGGGGAGACGAGACUCGAGUUAGUACCUUGGGGAUUGGCUUGGAGGAGCCUCAACAAGGCCCGAUUUCUGCUCAAUCAUCAUCAUCGUCCUCGUCCUCAGCAGCCCGAGGAGCUGCAUCAAUCCCCGAGGGGAUGUUGGUUAUCGAUAUUCCUAGGCAGAUUGUUGGCGAAGACGAUCAGGAACAGAAAUCUCCUAUGACGACGAGAUUGAGGUCGUUGAAGAGGCUCUUGAGCAGGGAAAAAAGGGUCAGUCCUCGUAGUCCUUGUGCUAUUGUUGAUGUAGAACAAGGCUCGAGAAGCCAAAGCUAAUACUUGCGUGGUAUGCAAAAGCCAAAAGGCAAACCAAUGCAUAGAAGGAUAUGGUUUCGGGAUUUAAGGUCACAUCCCGAGAUGAAAUGAGCGUAUCCGUUAUGCUCAUUUGUUGUCUGUUCUUUGAUUCUUGAUGCAGAAGAUCAAAACUACAACUUUGAUUACUGCAUCCUGUAUAGAACUUGUUUAUCGUAGUUGGCUUCUCUGUUGAGGAUGGAGGCAAUCCCCCCUCUCCUACAGAAGAGUGUUAUAGAUUAUCUUAUGUUAAUGUGAAAUCUCGUGUAUUCUCAGCACCGUUACACAUGAAAAAAAAAAAACAUCUUAUGCUUAUCUAAAACAUCAUAUGCAUAUGAGAUUUCUUGA